GGUGUAAAGGUCGAAAUAUCCUACUAAUUGGAUUGCUAUUUUUCCCUGGACCAUUUGAAUUGCUAUAUACCCCAUUUAACUCAGCAUUUGAAUUUAAACGACUGUCACGAUCGAAUUGGCUGAGCGAACAGCUCCGUCUCGAAGGACUCUCUCCAACGAAAAAAUCAAAAUGUCACAACCAGUACCAGCAGGAUUUGAUCCAGAGAAGGCAGAGAACUUGGAAGAUAUUGAGAAGCAGUUUGCAGUGAAAGCUGUCCAGCAAAUGGCAACAUACUGGGCUAUCCUCGAGAAAACACCUGGCUCCAAAUUACGACUUACGAAAUUGGAUGACGAGAUAUAUGAGCAUUUCAGAAAUGAAUUUCCUGGCUUCGAUGUCAAAGGCACUAUUGAUGAAGACCAAAUGAAAAGCAAAGAAGGAAAAGAGAAGUGGCGCGAUUUUGCUAUGGCGUACGAGAAGAAGGUUAAUGAUUACAAUUUUGGGACGUUGCUAAGGAAAAAUCCGAAGUGGGAGUAUGGUGAGAAGGAAACCAUGUUCGUGAUUCGAAUGCAAUUCUAUGCCAUAGAGAUCGCAAGAAACCGAGAAGGCCUCAAUGACUGGAUUUACGAAGAGUCCCAAAAAGGGGCUUAGAAUACUUCGUGCAGCUAAUGGUGUUCAACUUAAACAGCUCCAUCUACCUAUUAUACGUGCCUGGACUCUUGCACAUCGAUUGCUGAAUUGAAAAUUCAGCUUGAAUUUGCAUAUGUUGCGAUGCAUUUUGAAGUCAGCAUCAGUUUCACGAAACACCAGACUUGUACUCUAUACACAUACAUGCCACACAUAAGGUCGGCAGAUACAGUUCUUGCUUUGCCAUGCACUACACUGUGGAUUUUAGUUUGAUUCUGGAGCCCGGACUGAAUAUUGUCUAUUGUACGGUCAGCCCGUCUCUGAUAAGAUCAAUAGAUUGUCCAACGAAGAGUCAAGUUACAGACCAUGUAAAUAUACAUA